GGGUCUCUUUUUUUGCUGUUGCAGAUGCGCGGGCCAUUGUGGCGCCCGAAGCCAACCCUUUGACAAAAAGCACGAUCACUGUAGGAAGAUUAUGCUUAGCAUAGUGUUGAUCGGUGUCGCCACUAUUAUUCUAUUCGGCGUGGUGUGCGCCUUCGUGACGAACGAGUAUAUGCAGGAAGGAACCAAAGAACUUCCGUGCAAAGCCAAGACUAGUCUGAAGGAUGUCAAGCUCUACUUGACUACCACGAAGCAAGAGAUCGACAAUUUGCUCAAGACUAAUCCCGAGGAGCUGGAGGUUACGCUCAACAAUAUCCUGCAGGCUAGCGGCAAAAUCGUCACGGAACAACUGGCGGAAUACUCGCACGCUGUCUCUUUGACAAAUCUGAAUGACAUCGUUGUUGGCUUGGAGUCAAUCAGGGAGGAUCUGAGAUUGAUGAAUAAAAUAACGCAGGAAUUGCGGAUAAACGCCAGUCAAUUGGACAUUGUUGUGCGUGGCGUCAAGAAAAACCUUCUUCAUACGCUGGCUGCAUGUACGACUGACAAGUGCCAACGGGUUUUGCACGACUACAAAGUGAAUCAGAUGUCGGUACAAGUGGACUUCGAUAAAUACUUGGACCGUUACUUCCCAAAGCUUCUAGCAUCUCUACCGGACGUUACAUUCGCGUUACAUAACAUCACCAUACUCAUGGAGAGUAAUAUAGUGUCGGAAGUGAGCCAGGGCAGAGAUUCGUUUCUGAAGAUUCAGAAGGAUAUACAGCACGCCGUUAAUCAGACUAUCCCUGUGGUCAGCGCGAGCAUCCGACGAGCCUGUAACUUCUUGGCGAGCAUUGCCAAUAAUAUGACUGCCCUCAUCGACAGGAUAAAUAUUGACAUAGAUAAAGUGUAUAUGCGACAUUUAGAUGUCGCCCAGAACAAUAUAAAUCAGUAUUCGCCCUAUAGAUACUACCUUGGUCUUGGUAUAUCCGGUAUUCUUCUGACUGUCUUGAUGUGUUUAACGUGUGGCCUUCUCUGCGGCAUUUGCGGAAAGCGUCCGGACGGAUACGGAGAUGAUUGCUGUAAUAAGGGGUCAGGUGCACGGUUUCUUAUGAUGGCCGUAUGGAUUAUCUUUAUUUUAACGAGCGUAUUGAUGGUUAUAACCGUUGUUCAUAUGAUAACAGGCGUUAUGGCCCAACGUGGUAUCUGCGAGCCUUUAAAGAAUCCAAAAGACAACAGGAUGUUCGAACUGGUCGACGAGCUCGUGCAGAUCAAGAGAAUACUUUAUCCAAAAAAUCCUAAUGCGAACAUUAAUAUGAGUUACAUUGUGACCAAAUGCCACGAGAACGAGACGCUUUAUAAUGUGCUGAAUCUGAAAAAUGUGUUCGACGUUGAGAGUCUGCGCGAUUACGGCGGACGUUACGACAUCAAUGAUACCAUCCAACAGCUGCGACGGAAGAUCAGUCUCUCUCCCGGUGUGGUGAUCCUAAAGGAUAGCGCGAGAUCCAAGCUGAACGAUCUAGCGCAGAGCGGUCUCAGCGAUAUUAAGUUCUAUCAGUAUGCCGAGCUGCUCGCCGAGAAUAUCACGAACAUUAACUUGGAACAUCUUGCCAAACAGUUAAGGGAGGUUUCCGCUAAAUUACCGGACGGACAAGAGGAAAUCAGGCUCAGCCUCGAAAAGAAUGCACAUGACUUGGAACAUUAUCACAGAGACUUGGUCAUGCCCAUGGCCACGCUCAGCGAGCAAUUGAGUGCGAACGCACUGGCGCUUCAGGAAAACAUUAAGUUCAAUCAUAGCUCGAUGGCGGAUGCCAUUCAUGAUUUAGUGGAUGAAGUUACCAAGGCGCAGCAAUUUCUAAAUAAGGACGGACCAGAAUAUGUUCAAUAUCUCGCCACUAAAUUUGGCAAUGCGUUUUUACAUCAAGUGGACAAUUUCCUCGAGCACGUCAUUGAAUCUGCAAUUUUCAAAAUCGGAAGAUGUGCGCCCGUGUCGAACGCUUAUAACGCAACGCUCGUGGCCGGAUGUAAUAAGAUCUUGGAUCCAUUCAACGGCUUCUGGAUAAGCGUCGGUUGGUGCUUGAUCCUAUUCAUACCAACGAUAGUGCUCUGUGUGAAGCUGAGCGCUCUGUAUCAAAAGUCAGAUCCAUAUCCGGGACCUCUUGUCGAAGCCGUCCACGACAAGAAGCACGUCUCCCAUGGCAGACAUCAUCACCCCGCGGCGUACGUCGAGAGCUACGACGGGCCGGCGAUGGGUUACGGCGAGCGCGAGAGGAUCCCCGAUGCCCAUCAAAGCACGUCACACCACGAUUCGCGAUAUUCCGACCUGGCGCCCAAAAAUUGGGACUUCCCCAACGGUGGUCCGCCAAGGUAUCAACCAGCUGCCGGGGCUCCGCCUCCUUUAAGCACUGAAUACGAACGACCGCCACCCUAUUACUAUCCUGGGCCAGGGGAUAGAAAUUAGGAAACAAGUGCCGUGGCAUGCACAAAAGCAGCGUUGAACAGUGUGGCGACGCACAGCCUCACGCGCAGCUACAAGCGAAAGAAGAGAGAGAAAUCCGGAUGUAAGAGGGACUACGUAUAAUACGUCGCGUUUGUUCCUGGGCGUGCCACGGAUUGUGCGAACAACACCAAGACCAAGUUUAAUACAGACUGAGACUAGGCCAAUGAUCUUUUCCUCCUUUUGCGGGACGCAAGUAACGGUGUAAUCGACGUAAAUGCGAUGCAAAUUCCUCUUUUUCGUUUAAGCAUCGCUUUAAGAAUUAAUACUCGUGCGUUUCCCCAUACCGUGGAAGGAAACCAAGGUUCUCAAUUGAACGCGGACUUCGGGAAAUGCGAAGGUCUCGCCGCGUUUCUCCCUUUCAACACAAAAGACAAUGUCCGGAUGUAUGUAGUACAGUGUGGCUCACUCGACAUCCGCUUUCGGAUACUAUUCGGAAUAUGGAUAUUGAAAUACUUGUAUAUUUUAUGCCUCUUGUCAGUCAGAGUAACGUAUAGAACGAAAGGUCGAUCGAGCAUGAGAUUCAAAGGAGUCAAAGGAGAACAGAAUCGGAAGAUAAUGAAAGAGACUUCCCUUUAACGAUACGGUAAAGACUGUCCUGUGAAGAACUACGAUCUACUGAUCGAAUUGUCUAGCACAAAUUAUUAAUGCUGCCAAUUCUCCAACGCGUCGUUUUCCUUAUGAGGAGUAUCCUCUCUACCUUGACACCGGACUGCCGAUCCACUUUGAGCCACCGAGCAAAACGCCAUAUAAAAAAUGCCAAACAUGUCGACACAUGUGCGAUUAUUUACAUAUAUCAUUAUUGCGCUACGAGUGUCGCGUGGUUCAUCAUUUCGGAUCUCGCUUGUCUCUGUAGUUGAGGAGGGAAGAACAUUCUGAUAUUAGAUAUUGCCCCAAAGGCAAAGGAAGAGAGAAAGAAUUUUCGAGCGGAGCAACUACUCCAAUUAUAAAUACUCUGUGUACAUGGAUUUUUAAGUAGCCGUUUUCUUAUUACUCUACCUUACUGUGUAACUUUCUAUCGAUAAACUGAGGGCGAUUCUUACGCCGCGUAGAUCGCGGCUGAUACGUUCGUUUAAUCGGAUCUACGCGCUGUAUGGAUCCUUCGAAUGUAUGUAUUAUUGCAGCAUCCGCCGUCCCUCUCUCCAAUUCGAGUACAGUAAUUUAAUGGGCACGCAAAUGCAAAUGUUUCUCGUUCGUGCAUGUUGGUUCAACUCGUAUAUAACGAAUUUAAGAAUCUGCAUGGUGCACUAUUGUUAUAGAUAUCGUAAACCAACCGAGGAUUAAUUGAAUUGUAGAAUUUCUGUUUUUCAUCUAAUUGAUAAUGCAUCCCUUACAUCGCUAAUUCUUAAUGGCAUUAUGCGUAGAUCCAUCACGUCCACUAAGUCUGAAAACUUUGCGGAUUGAGAGAAUUAUGGAAAAAGAUACGGCACAUAAAUCAAUUGCUUCCUGUCGCAACACACAUAUGUAUCAUUUCCGAAGAAGAAAUUAGUGUGCUUAGUUAGAGGACUUGUGUGUCAUUUAAUGUAAAUUUGCAUUCGACUGCCAAAAAAAAGAAUCAUAAACGUUGCACAAAAGUAUUGUUGUAACUGGAAGACGAGGGAUAUUAUGAAGGAUGUUGCGAAAUGAUGAGUAGAAACGGAUCGACACCGAGACGCUCUGGCAACCGCUCUCGUACAUGUGUAGAGCGAAAGGUGAUAUUAGUAUUCAACUGGAUUGAAUUCACGUUUUACUACGAAAACUGAUUCUUAUACUUAUUCGUGAAUGAAUGAAACGUCGACAUUUGUAUGAUAUAUAAAGUCUCUUUCUCGAAUGCAUGUAUCGUCAGAAAUCGAGUUCACCGAAAUCACAUCGGUUUUAAAAGUUCUCGGCACAAAGUUCUCAGAAACUCGAGAGAGAUAUUAAAAGCAAAACUCACGUUCCGUAAUCUCUUUAACAGAGAACACGUUUUUGUGAUACAAAUUUCUUACGGAUUUUGUUGAAAUUCUCACGCACACUGAGUGAAUUUCCUUUUAAUGCCUCCUAUGUUACAUGAUAAGAUAAUGCCAACCGUCUUGAGAGAGAGAGAGAGAGAGAGAGAGAGAGAGAAAGAGCGUCGAGCCUGAUCGGAUAUUGGCAAUCGGAAUUGCCAAAAAGUUAGUCAACUCCUUUCCUUCGUGUAUCGUACUGAAGUGCGGUGUGAAUGGCGGCGUGAAGUUUCUAGGGUAUUAACGAGAAUGCGCAAGAAGUGCAAAAGGUGAUAAGUGUGUACGAUACGUGUGCAUAUGUAUGUGAUGAGUGAAAGAGAGAAAGAAAGAAAAUUGUCGCAAAUUUGUAGUAAAUUAAAAUUUUGCAAAAAUCCCCGCUGUAUCAUUAACGUAUCUUAAUACCAGUAGCGUAAUUUUACUGAAUCUACGUCUUAGUCUAUCGACACGAUGUACGUAUGCGUCACGCGAUUCAGAGGAACAAUGAUAUUUAAAUUAAUGGAAUGUAAUAAUCGAAUAUAACAUAUGGAUUUCAUGAAGAUCUUACACCCGAUAUUCUCUCAAGCAUUAAAAAAAACGACAAAACGCGUUUCGGAGAACGAGUGCUGUCAAUUUAAAGCAUGAGAUAUCCCAGAGAGAAAAAUCCGUAGUGUAUUAUUGAAAUUCCGCCGAAAAAAAAAGUAAAAACACUGAAAUUCCUUGAUGCUAUUUUUAUAAUAUAUAAUGAUGAUG